GGACUGCAAUCGUCGUCAUUCGAGUAUCGCACUUGGUCAGCUUCGCACGCGUCUUCCGAUUUUUCCCACUCUCGCUCUUUAUAAUAUUAACGUUCUCACUGUAGCAGAUAGCAAGCAGCACAUACAAUAUAUUUGUUUCGCGCGCGCGGUAAUUAUCGUUUAUCACUAUUUUUGUCGCGCGCACUAUACAGCCCCCUUCGAUAACGGGCCCGAUUCAUCCAAGUAGGCUGCGGUGUUUUGAUUGAAACCGAAGAAAGGGAUUGGAGAAGAGCCAUUUACGACCCUGGGUGAAUCAAGGGGGGUUAAGGGUUAAGGGAUGUGAAGGAAUUCGAAGGAAAGUUUAGAACAAGCAAAAGGUUCAACAGUUGCAAAGUGAACAAAGGUUGCUGUCAGUGGUACCGAGAGAAGUGACAGCCUGUCAGUGGUUAGAGAAGGCGCAAAAUUUUUAGGGGUUUAGUGGACCGUGCAAUCGAAAGUUCGAUAUCGAGAGAAAUAUUCGAAGAGUUUCCUAGUGUAAAUUAAUUACGUGUCAGAAGAAAAUCUGUUCGAAAUUUAGAGCUGCAACUAGUGCGGAAAAUUGUGCCAAAAAGUUUCUGUCCUCAGCUUAGUCAGUGUACAAAGAUUAAUAUUUGUUUUGUGUUUUGUAAACAACGAUUGCCGCCCUGUAAUUAACGACGUGUUGGUGGCAAGUUGGCCGUAAACAAGGAACGUGUAUUCAUCAGGGGGUAUCUUCAAGUAGGCUGCGCCGUGGGUUGAGAAGUGAUUUAGAUCUAAGAGUGCUAAACGGCUUACUACGAUCUAGUACCGCGCACGGUUACGGUUUGAACAGAGAGGGAAACCUCAACGCGAUCAGAGUUGGCGCUGGACGGGGCCGAAGUAGGCGACGGUGCUUGGAGUAACGAUACGUCCGCACCGUGUGCAGUCAGGAUGAGCCUGAAGAAGGCGAGUCGUACCAAAAGUCUGUCGCUAAGUGGCGAUGACUUCCCGUUGCGACCGGCGAAACCCCGGGCGGCCUUCGUUACGGCCAAACGCCCCGAGGACACGAUGAAGAUCAUGAAGUACAUCGACGACAACGUGAUUGGCAAGGGUGUCGCAUUCCUGGGCCCGUUCGGACGACGCAAAGUCGUCUAUGCCGAUUAUGCCUCGUCGGGUCCGUUCCCUCCAGUUCCUCGAAGACUACAUCAACAAGGAAGUGCUACCCGCCUUCGGUGAUACAAACUGCGUCUCAGCCGUCACCGGCCUUCAGUCACAUCUCUAUGAUAACGAAGCACGGGAUCUGGUUCGGGUGGCCGUCGGGGCCACCACCGAAGAUGAAGUCGUCUUCUGUGAUAAUCCAGCCGAACGGUUGUGCUUCCUGCUAUCGUCCAACUCCUGUCUACAGCUCCAGAAAUCGAAUCAGUCACUUCCGCCGGUGCUGUUCGUCAGCACAUCGGAACCGAUCCGAAACCUCCGCCAGUGGAUCGACGCCGGCUGGCACGUGGAACGAGUCAUCAAAAAUCACGAAGGCUUCCUGGAUCUGGUGGAUUUGGAGAAGCGCCUCAUGCAGUACUCGGAAGCUAAGCGAACGAUGGUGGGGAUGUUCUCGGGGGCUUCGAGACUCACGGGGAUCUUGGCAGAUGAUGUAGCGACCACGAUUUUGCUCCAUCAGUACGACGCACUGUCGAUAUGGGACCACAGUAUUGUGGCGUCGUGUGCACCGAUCGUGACGAAUCCGAUUCUUCCAGGGGCGCAGAAAGAUGCCGUAUUCUUCCACUGCAACAAGAUGAUCGGAGGGGUGCAAGCUCCGGGCGUUCUAGUGAUCAAGCGAAAGUUGGUGGAGAAUUCGGUUUCGUUUCUGCAGGAUACCGUUGGGGUAGUGGAGGCUGUGAGGGCAGGGCUAGUUUUACAGUUGAAGGAAUCGCUAGGGGUUCAGGCGAUCAUGAGUCGAAUGGAGAAAACCUGCAAGCAAAUACUGGCGCAUGUGAGGACGAUUCCGGAGAUAGCGCUGCUUGGACCUCCUUGCACUACAGCGAAACGGUUGACAACGCUGUGUUUUAUGGUUCGUCAUCCGAGGGGAGCUUUUCUGCAUCAUCGCUUCGUAGUGGCAGUAUUGAACGACGUAUUCGGAGUUCAAGCAACGGCGGAUAAUAUGAUAGCGGAUUCGCUGGGGAUAAACCCGCAGUUGGCGGUGGAGUACGAUAAGGUUUUGAACGACGAAUCUCUGAAGUCGGCGAGUAUCCAUCCGGGAUAUAUUAGAAUUACGUUUCCGUAUUUCAUGCCGGAGGCUGAGGUAGCAUUCAUACUGGAAGCGCUCAAAAUGGUGGCCACGGAAGCUUGGAAGUUACUACCUCAGUACGACGUAGACGAUCGCACCGGAGAAUGGAGACACCACUCGAACUCCUUGGCCAAAGAACGCAAAUGGUUAGGUGCAAUACGCUAUACAGAUGGAAAGAUGUUGUUUUCCGAUCGAAGAAUUUCCGGUCCUGGGACAUUUCCGCAGAGCUACUCGGACUGCCUCCAAACGGCGCGGAAUCUGUUCAAUCGCGCCCGGAAGAUGGCGCAGAAGUCCACGACGGACGAAGUUGUUCUCAAGUUGCCAAACGCUUCGAUGGAAAGCUUAAGAUGGUACAUGCUGCCCGGUGAGGCUCAUGAACUGCUUCUGGGGCACUCGCAUAGCGUCAAGAAUACAGUGCCAUUCGAUCCCACCAAGAUUCCAGAAAAUCCGCUUCUGAUGAUCCAUCGCCAUCACAGUCUCUCGGCGUUGGAUAUCAAGCGGUUCAAGAGCCGUAGUCUCCCGGCGUCUCCCCUGCAGAUCUCCAUCCGGCGGCAGCACUCCAGUUCACCGAGUCAAUCGCACAGCCCUACGCCGACGCCUACUUCGUCGCCUCCGCUUGUGCGAUUCUCGCUGGGCGGUGAAGUCACCAACUACAGUCCGCCAUCUUCGUCGCACCAUCAGCUACAGGUAACGAGCUUCACGGCCGUCAUGCCCGAUAUCAGCACCAGUCGAAACAGAUGCAAUAGCUGGGGAUCUCCAACGAGUUCGGCAACGAUUGGCAGCCCAGUCGACCACGGUAGCCUAACUAAUCUCGAUUGCGCUACUAAUGCCACUGGGGACAAUGCUGGAACUAACUGUGGUGGUGGUGGUGGUGAUCUAGAUUUCUUUGGUCCCCAGACGCGAAACAGUCUCGGGUUGGGCCAGCAUCAGCGCCGUCGAUCGCAGGCGAUCGCUUCGUCGUCGACGGCGACCAGAACUUCGGGUCGUACGGCAAGCCUCGGCGAACGUUCGCCAGCGUCGCCUCCGCCGAUGAUGACGACGACGUGCUCGUCUGCAGGUCGACCAGCGAAGCAGCGCUCUUGUUCCUGCAGUAGCCAGACGGAUCUGAGCAUCGGAUCCAGCGAGAAUCUAGCCACUGCAGUGGGAGCGUCGCUCGCCCCGAGUCUACCGAAUCUACUGCAGUCGUUGCCACUGGGAAGUAGCUGCAGCGAAACUGCCGAAGACAUUCAGGCUUACGUCAAAGAAGUCACCAAAGAGUUGGCAACGGAGAUCAAAUCCGAAAUUCGGGACGUCAUUUCCAAAGUGGAAGACGCGCUGGAGAGUACGGACAGUCUGGAUAUGACGGGAGCAUCUAUGAGUUCCCUUGGUAAUAUUAGUGUCAACAACGACAUCAAACGUGAUUCGAUCUCAACAAGCGAUGUCGUGGACUACCUCCGCGAGUUUAGCAAGGGAAUGAUGAACGAGGUCAAGUCGGAGAUCCGCGAUGUUGUGAAUGCCGUGGAUGAGAUCAUCUCGCCCGAAGGUUGUCUAGGGUCGCGCAAAAACUCUCCACCGGACAUCCUCAAGGGCAAUUCGGCCGGCGCUGGUGGUGGACAUAGACUCUUGAUGAAGCAGCGCUUCAGUGAUAUCACACCCGACACCAGCCGGCCCAAGUCCGCCGACAUUGACAAACAUCGUUCGGAAUCGUUCCCUCGGCCAAACUCGUCAAUCCAUGCUGCCACGGCGCCCAGUCCUGAGCACUCGGGCCCAGGCUUCCCCUACACUGGUGCCAUCGCCAAAAAGUCAGAUCUCACCUCGUCCAUGUCGUCGCAGGACUCCGGUAUCAACAUGAGCUUCACCGAGCAUGACGACAAAACACGCAGCGCGUUCGGCAAAGACAGAAACCGUACAAUUUCAGCUCAUCUGGAGAAGGACUCCGCACGCCAUCAAGCGCCACAGCGACGGGUUCAGUCGGAAUCUGCCGCACCGCCGUCGCUAGCAGCUCCAGAAACUCCGGAACCGACGACACGCCUCCCGACCACCCCGGAAGUGGUGGACGUGUUCACUCCGAAAAGCGCCCUCAUUCGUCAGUCGAACGUUCUGAAGAGCACGCCCUCGCAAGAGCUCGAUCCGGACGCCGGUCCGGAGGGUGCCCGGUGGCUCAACCUCCCCAAGGACAUUUGGAAACAGGCAGCUGAGGCCCUGGACGAUUUUGGCAUGAUCAAGGACGGUGACCGCAUUCUAGUCUGCCUAUCCGGUUCCAGUUCCUCGCUCUGCCUGCUCCACCUUCUCCGCCAGUUUAUCCGAGCUCGGCACCUGAGCAACAUCCAACUGGCCACGGUAACCUUCGGCGACUGCGGAGUCGACCCUCGGGCCCUCAUGCUCUACCUCCGAGAACUGGGCAUCGAGUACUUCUACGAGCAGUGUGACUCCUCGCUGGACAACCUGCAGGAAAGGCUCAUACAGGUGGCACACCGUCGAGGGUACAACGUCCUGGCCAUGGCCAACAGCCUGGACAAACUGGCCGAUCGCUUCCUGGGGUCCCUGCUCUACAAAGGCAAGCUGAACUCCCUGCAGGCCAUCAGCACCACGUCCACCGCCACAGGUUCCCGCCAGAUUCGGAUAAUCCGACCGUUGCUCUACAUCCGAGAGCGGUCCCUGGAGGACUUUGCCGCGGCCAGAGCGCUUCCCACGAGACCGUCGCACCUCUUCACGCGUCCACCGGACGCCACCAACAGUAUUCUGCGCACCCAGGAGGUCACCAAUCCGAACGUCUACGGCAACAUUCGCAGUGCCCUGAAACCUCUGAUGGCGCUUAGACUGGAAUCGACCAAGUCGACAUACGAAACGCUGAGGGCCUCACUCGAUACCCGGGAUUAGAUCACCGAAGUACAAUCACAAUCUCCUAGCAGUAAGAUGAAAGUUAGUUAGUAAUGGGAAGAAGCUAGUUAGGAUAACUAAUUAUUUUUUAUCUCUAGACGGGACGGUUGUCCCAAUCGCCUCUUGAGUGUUUGUGAAAGUUCGUUUAGUUGUUAGUGGUUAAGCUAUGCUAUCCAAGUGAUAUAAAACGAGAAGAUUACUAUACACGAUAUGUUCUAUGUUUUACCGAUUAAUAUACACGAUGUUAUGAAAUGAA